AACACAAGAAUUGCAAACACACACACGCAAUAACAAAUUGUGUGGUGUUUAUGAGAAACCAGAGAGCGGGAGAGACGGAGAGCGAGUGUGUUUGCUAUUAUGUGGAAGAUAAAGCAACAAGCACCAGAAAAACGGCGUCUCAACAGAAUAAUCAAAGUUGAGUUGAGUGUGGUGGUGCGUUAAAAACUAAAUGAAAUCCGAAAACAAAAAUAUUAUUUGCUUGCAAAAUAUUACAAAUAAUUCCACAAAUAAUAUAAACAUUACAUUGUACAAUUGCUAAGAAAGUUUGGUGAAUUAAAAGUUGAGAAAUUUCUGCAACAUUUUGAGGUGGAAACAAUGAUCAACACUUUGCUGACACAUGUGCCAAUUAAAAUGGAAAAUAAAGAAGUGGAAGUGAAUGACAAUGGCGAGGAGCACAUACGAGAUGACAACGAUAUCAAUUCCGAAGGUGAUGCAGAGGAGGAGGACGAUGAAGAUGAUCUAGAAGAGGACCUGGAUGAGGAUGAUGACGAGGACGACGACGAGGAGGUAGAUGAUUUGGCCAGUGAUGUGCUGGAGGUGGAACAAGAGGUUACUAUGCUUAUGAGCAGUGAUGAGGAAGCUGAGCUGGAGGCCCAGCGCAUACGUUUUCCAGAAAAACGAGCGUCUAGGAAGAAGUCUCAUGACAGUAAAUCAAGCCGUAGUACAAGCCGAAAUAGCAACACCAGCCAAACAUCUAACGCAACCAAUGUCAGCAACCACACCACCACCAACAACAACAACAUUCCUGCAAAUUCAACGAAAACAAACAAAAAAGAUUUAACCACGGCAACAACAACAAAAGAGAAAAGGCCAACAACAUCCAAAAACGCAAACAUUGCGCCAGAGAAAACAUCAGAGACAGAAUCGACGACAACAACAACAACACCACCACCACAAAGAACAUCUCCACGCAACCGAAAGGAAAACAACAAAAACCUAGACAAUUUGCCAGCUGCCGGUGACCUACGACAAGUUGCCCGCCGCCAAAGCAGCAAUUCCACCUGCAGUGUUGCCUCCUCGAUUGGCUCAACGGAAUCCGCUGAAACAGAGUCCUGCGGCAACAUCUAUGUCUAUCAGCAGGAACAGAAGCUGAUAUUCAAUUGUGAAUUUUGCGAUUUAAAAUAUCCCGAUUUGGUGAAUCUCAGUCGCCACUUACACGACGCCCAUCAGCUAUUCCACAACGACAACAAUAAUGCCCACCACCACCAUCAAAGCGAUGAAGAUCAAGAAAAGGAGAAUUCUCCACGAAACCUGCGCAAUCGAAAUAAUCGUUUGCCCACGACCAAAACCCCCCAACUGCAAGCGUUGAGAGUGAAAAAGGAACCAUUGCAAACAGCGGAGAGCUCUGCUUCGCCAACUGUUGCUCUUACCCUAGAUGUGGUGACCGAGCAUAGCCUACAGUCGUGCGGUAAUGUUUUCAUUCUAAACCAUCGCAAAUUGUUUUUGGUCUGUGGCCACUGUGAAAGCAAAUAUGCCAAUGUGGAGCUGUUCGAAAAGCAUUUGCGUCAACAACAUGAGCUGUUCAAGGACCAACCGGCCUGUAAUGAGGUCAAUGUUAUACCCAAAACAGAGAUUAAGGAGGAGGUUUUCAUCAUUACCGAGGUGGUGGAGAAAACACCCGUGAUAGCCCAAGAAGCAAUGGUGGCAAUACCGGCGGAGAUACCUUUAGACAUUAGUACCACAGAGGAGGCAAUCAAUGAACACAAUGUUGAGGAGUCAGAAGAGACGGUCAUACUGUCCAGUGAUAUUCCCAUGGACACAGAGGUUAUAUCGUCCAUACAAAUACAUGACUCUGGGGUGACAGUGGCAGAGAUCCCUGUCAUAAUUGCAACGGCAGAGGAUACCGUCACCAUAGAAGAAAUUCCAUCGCCUUCCCCUAUUCCCCAAGAAACAAUUCAAGAGACUGCUGCCUUGGAGCAAAUACCCGAGAAAGUGGCAAAAGAAACGGAGACAGUAGGCAGUCCCCCACCAACCAAGAAAAGUAGCCGCAAAAGACGUUCUUCUCCCGAAAAGCCAGCUACUCCCAAAUCUCCUUACAAAAGGCCACGCAGGAGUGUUAGGGCACCCGUGGCAGAGCUGGAAUCCCAGAAACCUAAAGAAGCAACUAAAUCCGCACGCAAACCUGCAAAUAACAUUAAAAAGGAAAAUAAAAAAUCUCCCAAGAAUAACGAAACUCAGGCUGAAACUUCCACGGAUAUUGCCAGUACAGCCGAAAGCAUUCCGGUUCAAGAGCCAACUCCAAAAUCCCCCGAAACCAACAAUUCCACAACUAAACGUUCAAAGAAAUCCGCAGCAGGGGCUGCAGAGGGACCCAAAAGGAAGCGUAAAACCAUUAAGACCAAAAUUGAAAAGGAGGAUCAACCAACCCCUGUUCUCUUUGAGGCACCUAUCGUCCCAACCAACACAGAAAUAGAAUCCUCUAUUGGAACAGGUCCCUCGGACAGAGAUGAAGAAUUCCUGGAAGACCCUGUGGCCGAUAUAAUUCAGCAAAUACAAAAUGAAGAAAAUAUGGCACAGGAAAAUCUUCAUCCUAUCCCGCCCACAACAUUGGCGGUGAGCCCAUUUGCACCCACAUCCUCCAAGCAGGUUAUCAUAACUGUGGCCAAUAACCCCAGCAACCAAAUGUCACCCACAUUUACCACAACAACUGUCAUCAACCACAAUCCGAAUUCCCCAGAAGAUGUGAAACCCAUCAUCAAUCAUUUGGGUGAACGUCGAUAUGCCUGUGAUCAGUGCCCUCGCACCUUCAAGAAAAAUGUACGCCUGGUGGAACAUAAACGUCUGCAUGACGGUGUGAAACCCUUUGCCUGCGAUGAAUGUGGCAAAACUUUCCGCAUACGCAUGCAACUCAACACACACAAACUUCGACAUUCCAAAGAGAAGAGGUUCAUUUGUGAGAUAUGUCAAUUGGGUUGUACCACCAAACAAGAUCUGAAUCUACACAUGAGACAUCACACCAACGACAGGCGAUUCCAUUGCACCAUGUGCCCCAAGGCUUUUGUACGUAAUUCCGAUCUGAAAAUACACAUACGCGUUCACACCGGCGAAAAGCCUUAUGUCUGUGAAAUUUGUCACAAAUGCUUCCGAGCCAAUCAGAAUCUCAUUGUUCACAGGAAAUCCCAUAUGGGCGAGGCGUCCCGAACCUUUCAGUGUGAACAUUGUGAUAAGAAAUUUCUGCGAAAAAUUGAUCGCACCGUACACAUGCGUUCCCAUACGGGAGAGAAGCCCUUCAAAUGUGAGAUAUGUGACCGGGCCUAUUCAUCGAAAUUUAAUGUUCGCGCUCACAUUGAACGCGAUCAUAUAUCGGAGAAUGGUCGAAAGAAACCGGGGCCCAAACCACACAGUCUGCGAGAGGAAUUGAAAAUACAAAAGAGACUUAUUGAAGAAUUGCAGAAGCAGCUGAUGAUGCAAAUUAAAACGGAUGAAAAGAUAAUACCGGCUGAAAUGCAACCCAUCAACGAAAGUGAUAUGGAGGAUCAACAUAUGGAGGAGAUGAUUGGGCCCACAACAACAACUGCAACGGCGAAUGCGGUAGCCGCAGCUGCAGUGGAAAAUGAAACAUAUAUAAUUUCGGAGAUUAGUUCUCCGCCCACUAACAAUUCCAUGGAUCAACAAUCUCUACCACAACAUGCAUCGCCUGAGGAGGGUCUUAAGGUUACGCCUUUCACCAAGGCGGCCAAACAGAGAAAUGUGGUGGCAGCCUCCACUGCCAAGUCCUCAAAUAUUCACUUGCCCCUGGUUAAAAAAGAUGCUGCGGCCGCCACAACCACUCAAGUGGUGCAACAGAAAACUUCUUUGGGCAUACAACAGGUAUCUGUCACAGUUUCCAUGCAAGUCGACAACAUUUCAACUCCCACCAGUGUUAAUGAUACAAGCGGUGGCGGCGGCAGCAGUGGAUCUACUCCGGAAAAAGAAAAUUCCAGCAGUCCAAAAGCGGUGGGAUCAUCAAGUGCGGGUGUCAAAAAGGAAAGGAAAAUAACCAGCUAUUUUACAGUGGUCGGUCAGAAAACGUAAGUGUUGAAGGGAGAGAGAAAGAGAGAGAGAUUUGAAUGAAAAACGGUAAUAGUUUUUGCCAAGGGAGACGGAGAAAUGAAAGGAGAUGGGGACAUAUAUUUGUCGAAGAAAAAUUAUUUGCAAAGGAAGAGCCAAGAAAAUGAAGGUAUAAUUAGGUAGUACAGUAAGAAAAUGGGACAUACUUCUAGGAGCUCUACAGAGAUAUAAAUAUAAAUUAUAACUAUAUUUAUUUAAAAGCAGAAUUAAUUCAAGUUCAUUGGAGAUUUGAUAAAAAAAUUGAACAAGUAACGAUUUUAAAAUUAUAAAUCGGUGCAUACUUUUAGGAAGACUCACCAAGGAUCAACAUUUUUUGAUCAAAGCUGUCAUUCAACUCAACUCCACUAUUCCAAUACCUGAAAAGGGCAUUCAAUUCAAACUUAUUUCCAUACAAAAGCCUCGCACAAACCGAAAUAUUUAUGUAAAAUAUGUACUUCACAACAAAUUGAAUCAUAAAACCGAAACGUUACUUGCCCCAUGCAAACAAAAAAUAGACAGGAAAUCUAGAGCCUUGUCUUUGUUUAACAAAUUUUUAAAAAUGUUUGGAAACGAAAAAAAAAUAUGAUAUUAUUACUAAAAGUAUAACUGUUGUUAUAUAUGAAUAUAUACAAAAAAAGAGAGAAAGAAAGAAAUUUGUUAAAAAUAUACACGCAACUAUUUUUGAUACAAGGAAAUAUUGAAUUUUUUACAAAAAAAAAACUAAACGCACACACAAACUAAAAGACUCAUAAGACUUAAUGUAAUAAAACCAGGUUAAAUAUUACUAUAAA